CACUUUCUUCCAGUCGCAAACUUUUGCUUUGGCUCAGGCCUCCUGACGACUACUCCUCGCUGCUGCCUAUCAACUAGCUGUCUUGUCGAGGACUUCUUGCGGCCUUGCUCUUUGGUCCGUCGUUUGUUUGGCCGAUCCUCUCAAAUUGCAUUCCCUUCCACCGCGCCGCGCUCUGCUCUGGCGCCUCGCCCCUCGUCGCCGAACGAUAUGAGCGACGCUGUCGUGAAGGACCAGCCCGAGGUGGCCGCCGAGGCCACUGAGGUGCAGGCUGCCCAGGAUGCAACCCCUGCUGUCGAGAACACCGACGAGACCGCCGACAAGCAGACGGAUGCUGCCGCCGAGGGCCAGAACGGUGCCGUCAAGGCCCCCGAAAACAUGCUGAAGACGACCGCCAAGCCCGACCCUAAGGACCACAGGAGAAAUCGCAAAUACGAUCCGACCACCCAGCCGGUGACGGACGAUCCUGUCAAGAUCCGCAACCAGGUCGAGUUCUACUUCAGCGACAGCAACCUGCCGACCGACAAGUUCAUGUGGGAGAGCACGGGGGGCGAGGAGAACAAGCCGAUGCCGCUCAAGACCAUCUGCAGCUUCAAGCGGAUGCGCCAGUUCCAGCCCUACAGCGCCGUCGUGGCCGCCCUGCGCGAGAGCACCUUCCUCGAAAUCUCGGGCGAGGAGGGCCAGGAGGUCGUGCGACGCAAGAAGGCGUACGUGUCGUCGACCGAGGCGCAGCGCGCCCGCAUGAACGCCUCCAUCUACGCCAAGGGCUUCGGCGACGAGGAGCCGUCGACCCAGUUCGACAUCGAGGCCUUCUUCGCCAAGCACGGCCACGUCAAGCUCGUCAAGCUGCGCCGGACCAACGAGGACCUCUUCAAGGGCUCCGUCUUCGUCGAGUUCGCCACCGCCGAGGAGGCCGACGCCUUCGUCAAGCUCGACCCCAAGCCGACCUGGAAGGGCCACGAGCUGCUGGUCAUGAAGAAGAAGGACUACCUGGAGAUGAAGAACCAGCAGAUCAAGGAGGGCAAGAUCGAGCCCAACAGCAGCCGACGCGUCGGCUUUUUCGAGGGCAAGACGCGCGGCGGCGCGCGCGGCGGGCGCGGCCACGGCCAGGGUCGCGACGACAAGGGCCAGAACGGCAAGGCAGGGCGUGACGAGAACCAGAAGAACGGCUCCAAGGGCGGGCGUGGCCGGGGUAGGGGCAGGGGCGGUCGUGGUGGCCGCGGCGGUCGCGGCGGGCGCGACAACCGCGGCCGCGACGAGAAGAAGAGCGAGGAGACCCGGCAGAACACCAACGAGUAUCGGGCUCGCGAGGACGACGGCGCCGGCGCCGGCGCGCCCCCGGCGAAGAAGGUCGAUACCAAGGCAGACGCUGUCGCGGCGGCGCAAUAA